AUGGAUGAUUUUAGUAUACAAAGAGUAGGAGGACAGAUUCAAGCUAGCGGAGGACCAAGCAGUAGAAACCCGCGGCUCGGGAGCAGCGAAGACUUCCCAGCCCUACCGAGCUCGAGUACUCUGGUUGGUGAUGGUUUGAAUGAGCGAAAGGGCAGCUUCCUUCUAGGUAGCCAGACCUUACAGGGUCUCGAUAUGUUAUCGCAGUCGGAUACCCAGCGACAAUCCUUCCUUAACGGCGGACUGUCAUCCUCGGGGCUACAGGCAGGUUCCGGACGACAGCAGCAUCAGCAAGGCGCUGGUGGUGGGAGGAAUCAAAACUUAACCGCCAGCCAGCAGCAACAACCAAUGCGCCUGUCACCCAUCAUGAUGGACCAUCACCAAACCCACCACACAUCGCUUUCCCAUCAACAACAACAACCACAGACUUCCUCUUCUUCUUCUACAGCUGCUGAACUAUCACCUGAUAAUAAUCGAAAGACAAAGACAGCUUCGAACUCAGGAUCAAUCGCACCCCCCCCAGGUACUGUCGCAGCUACCAUAACUACAUCAAACUCGAUGCCACAGAGCACGAACGGUCGUCUAUUGGCGCAACAGCCCUCGAGUGCUUCAUCAAUAACAGGCAUCCCAUCCCAAUCUGAGCCUCAAUCGGAUCAGCAACCACAGAGAUACUCCUCGACUCCGCCGGAUACAGAGCCUAGCGAGUCGUCCGGGCCUAGCGAAAUUGAUAGAUUUGGACUUAACGGCCUCCUUCCCCUGAUACGGAAUGAAGAUCUCGACAUGGCGCUUCUCGCGCUAGGAACUGAUUUGACCCAACUGGGCCUGGAACUGAAUCAACCCGAGCAGCCACUCAGUGCCACAUUUGCGUCUCCAUGGUCUGAUCAGCAAGUCCGUGCCGCAGAGCCAGAUUUCAAGCUCCCACAGUGUUAUGCAGUCUUGAAUACACAGCCGUUACAGUCAAAAGUACGAAACUUUUCCGACGAAACUUUGUUUUAUAUCUUCUACACCAUGCCAAAGGAUGUCAUGCAGGAAAUCGUAGCCCAGGAGCUGACUCAACGUAAUUGGAGAUAUCAUAAAGAACUCCAGGUCUGGUUGACGAAGGUUCCAGGAAAUGAGCCUUCGCAGAUAGUACAAGGUCGGUUUGAAAAAGGCAUCUACGUCUUUUUUGAACCAACAUUAUGGGAACGACAACAGGUUCGCGUUCACCCCCCCCCCUCCAAUUUUACUCCCAUGUGCCGCUAA